AAGGUGUGUUUCCGGAAGACGUGGCUGUUGCUGCAGUGGCAGGCAGCUGUCAUCCAAAUUGUUCUAAGAGGAGCACUCGAGUUACUGCUGUAGCACUUUCUCUACUUCUGCUGUGUCUUCACCCGUUUACUCGGCGACAAGAUGAUUUCGCUAACGGACUCCCAAAAGAUUGGAAUGGGAUUAACAGGCUUCGGCGUGUUUUUCCUCUUCUUCGGGAUGAUCCUGUUUUUUGACAAAGCACUGCUGGCUAUUGGAAAUAUCCUGUUUGUUGCUGGACUUGCAUUUGUCAUCGGGCUGGAGAGGACCUUCCGUUUCUUCUUCCAGAAGCACAAGAUGAAGGCCACCGGUUUCUUCCUGGGAGGCGUGUUCGUGGUACUGAUCGGCUGGCCUAUUAUUGGAGUAGUCCUGGAGGUUUAUGGCUUUUUUCUGUUGUUCAGGGGUUUCUUCCCAGUUGUCAUAGGCUUCAUCAGAAGAAUACCUGUCCUCGGCUCGAUCUUAAACCUGCCGUUCAUCAGAGCACCUUCGUAAGGCUGUGAGGACAAUCAGCAGUCGUGUAUGUGGACAAAGCGGGCGAGAGCAACACCAUGGUAUAACAGUGACUUUUUUUGUAGCCACAGAAGGCUGUUUGAGUUCAGCAGGUUUUUUAAAGCCACACACACACACACACACUCUCUCUCUCUCUCCCAUUGUGCUGAUUUACAGCAGCUACAGUUAUAUGUUCAGAUUAUUCCCUCCACCAGCAGGCAAAGACUGCUUUCUCUUCUCUGUAAUUUCACUGGUCAGCGCUUCCUGUCAAAGGUUCAUCAGUGCCGCACACCACCAGUCUGUUACUAAAGGAUGGAGUUACUAAGGUCACUGUAAUAAAUACUUCAAAUGCUAUUGAUCUCUUCACCACUGAGUGCAUCUGGCAUGAUAAUGGAGGAUGGAAGACUCAUCGUCAGAGGCUCAUCGACUGUCUUCUUGACUUUUUCACUCCGUGGAAGAAACAGACUAAACUACACCACCCACACUCGCAAGGAUGAGAAUAGGAGCGACAGCUUUCAAUGUUGUCGUAUUUCUGUUCCUGUGCUUUAACUUUAUUUUGACUACAGCUUUUAUGUCCAAUUUGUUUUUGUCUUCAAUUGUGGGCACUUUUUAAACCAUCUAAAGGACUAAAGUGCAUGGCUCAUUUUGAUCUUGUCCAAAUCAGCCUUUGCUAGUUUCCCCAUGGGGAAAUAAAAGAAAGAAGGUUGUCUUUGUCAAACUGUGUAAUUCAAAAGGUUUGUACCUAAAGCUGAUUCAUAGUUUUGCCGUGUUUGAGUCUGCUGAGGUUCUUAAACGUCAACAUACGACUCGUGUGUGUGCGGACCCUACAUGUAUGUUCACAUGCAGCCCAAAAAGUGUGAUAGCAUUAACUAAGAUGUGUCUGAGUAUGCAAGUAGGACACAUAUGUUGGAGUGGAAUAGAACGUGGUAUCGGGUACACACGUGUGCCAAUCCUGACUAACACAGACUUUCAUUUUAGCAUGAAUGGAACUGUGGGCAAAUGUGUACCGGCAGAAAGUGAGUGCAAAUCUUUCAAGUUUCGGUCUCGUAAACGUGCAACAUGCCAGACUGUGUACAAAUGAUGUAUGCGUCACUUCACUUAUGAGUCCAGAAGGAGACGAGAAAGAGAACUUUUGUUUGUGAAAAUGGAGAAAUGCCUACUGUUGUGCAUAUUGUACCUUUUUUAAAAUCACAGUAUAAUAUUACACAACAGUCUUCAGACCAGAUGUUUUUGUAGGUCAAAGCACAAUCGUUUUCUGCUCUCCUGAAUGUGCCAAAAUCUGAAUUUGCAAAAAAGAAAUUACACUGGGCAUGAAAGUGACAGCUGUAUCUGUUUGAAACUAGCAAAAACGGUAGUUCUUUUGCGCUAGUUUAUGCUUGAUGUUAGAUAGAGCCCUUUGUUUUUUUGUUUAUGUGUGUGUGUGUCGCAGCUAUUUGAAUACCAAUUGUGGCUAUUGCAAUACUUUCCCUUUGUUACAUGUCAUUUCUGUUGGCUAAUAUGGUAUAUAAAUUAUUUUUUAAAUGAUCA